UUCUUCUUGUACAGUGCAGUAUAUAAGCGUGGCCGUCGCGCGGCGAGGUGUGUACGCCGCCGCCAUCGUCCGUACGUCGUUGAGCCGCCGGUAGCCAUGCAGUAUACGGUGGAAGGGAGCGGCGGCGGCGGCGUGCAGACGGUGGAGGCGGCGGUGCGCAAGGGGCCCUGGACGAUGGAGGAGGACCUCAGCCUCGUCAACUACAUCGCCGCCAACGGCGAGGGCGCGUGGAACACCCUCGCCCGCGCCGCCGGGCUUAACCGUACCGGGAAGAGCUGCCGGCUGCGGUGGCUGAACUACCUGCGACCCGACGUGCGGCGCGGCAACAUCACGCCGGAGGAGCACACGCUCAUCGUCGAGCUACAGGCCAGAUGGGGCAACAGGUGGUCCAAGAUUGCAAGGUACCUUCCUGGCCGGACCGACAACGAGGUCAAGAACUUCUGGAGGACCAAGAUACAGAAGAAGCACAGGAAAAGCACUGACGGAAUUUACGCGACGACGACGAGCGAAAGCAUCAUGCCUGCGGCUACAGUGCACCAGAACACGGUGGCCGAGGACCAAGGCAGCAGCAGCGUCUCCGGCCGGACCACCACCGCCACCGUCGCCGUCACGCAGGAGUACGCCACUGAGGCGCCGCCGCCGAGCGGCAUGAGUAGUGGUAGCUACUUGGACCAGCUGCAGCCAGGCUACGCGAGCUCAAUCCAUGGAGGACAAGAUGGCGGUGCUGCUGCCGCCGCCGCUGGUGACGUCGUCGUCUCCGACGAGUUCUUGGCAGCGUCGAGCGACAACUUCUGGGCCCUCGAGGAUUUGUGGCCCACGGUGCAGUCUCUCCACGGCAAUUGCUGAAUGGAUCAUGGGUGAUUGUGUUCGAUCAUGUAGGCCAUAGCAAAUCUAUCUAUUAACUUAUCAAAGAAAUAGAAAAAAUAGCCUUCACA